AGAUAUGCACGCAACAGAGAUCAUUGCAAAGAGAUGAUCUGAAAGUCUACGCUUAAGACGAGUCACGUGCGACAGCCACCGCGACCGCUCUACUUCACGACCCUUCUCGGCGCUAGAUUCUACAGCCGCAACGAAAUCACAAUGACUGGCAAUCUCUUCCCCGCUCGUCUACGGACGACACAUAUAGAGAAGCACCAGAACAUGACAUACCGCCGCAACGGCAAGUUGCAGGCGUGCGAGCCAUGCCGAAAGGGAAAGCUUCGGUGUGAUCAUAUGAUGCCACACUGCGGGAGAUGCUUGAAGAGAGGCAAGACCGACAAGUGUAUUUACCACCCUGCGCCUCUGACAAAGUCGGCCACAAAGCGGUCACCACAGUCAGAUCAGACUUUGUCAAGUACAGAAGGCAAAAGGACUUCGUACCAGCCUCUAUCCGGAACAGGGCGCACAUCUGUACCCGCAGCAUACCUUGCACAUCUCGAACGUACCGAUCGCCCGACAACCUUUCUACCUUUCUCCAGCUUAGUACAGUCAGAAGGCAGCCUCACAGCGUCUACAGCAACCUCUGUCAUGCAAUCGCCAAGCCACCAGUCUGAGAGUAGACUGGCCUAUAUUGCAGCGCAGCAGGUGAUAAAAGAGUCUCGCCAGCCGUCGGUAAAUCACCUUGUCCGUACCGACGCACAGGGGUUUGAGAAUGGAUCCUCCUUCAUCAGUCACUCUGCAGUGCUGGCUGAGAACGAACCCAACAUUGGCCUUUCACCCCCAGAGUCCACUGGGUUCAGAGUAUUACAGGCACAUAUUGACAGAGGUGUGACAGUGCUUUUGUUAUUGAAAGACCUCUCGUCCAUACAGAAGUAUAUUAACAAGUGGUUCUCAUUCGCCGGAGGCGUUGUUGUCAUUGAGCCUAUGGUUAAGAUCUACCUGGAUGGGAUAUGGACCACGUGGCACAAUGUCCUCGAGUCAUCAAAAGCUGCGGAUGUUCAGGCAAUGUCUGCGCAGAUCUGGGAAAACACUUCGAAGCCCUUGUCGCGGUUACUGAAGCGGGAAACAACCGCUCGCGAGUUCUGCGCGAACGUAACUGGCGCCGAUCUGAGAUGGGAAGUGAUCGGUAUUCUUGUUUCAUUAGUGUCGCUUGUAGCGCAGUCUCUUAAAGACGGCGAUCCUGUAUUCUGCUCACACGACUCAGCUCCCGUGGAUCGGGCUGCACUGGCUGUAAGCAUGCACAACGCUUCCAAAAUGUGCGUCGACUUCUGCGAUGAUCUCGGCGUACUCAACGAUCUGUACUUAUGGCUCUUGUAUGAGAACUCUAUCGCAUAUUGCUCACUACGUUCGCGAGGAGGUUACGAUAACUGGAAGAAGACCUCCGCGUUCGCAGCGGCAUUGCAAUGUGCAAACCUGCACCAAGAAAUCAAAGUUGACGACGACACUCCUUUCUUCAUCGCCGAGCUACGCAAGCGACUGUUCAUCUGUGCCUACAGCAAUGAUAAGUCGUCUGCGGUUUUGGCUGGACGACCACCGAAGCUAACUCGGCUUUAUUGCCGUCUUCAGAUACCACUCGAUCUUACAGAUGAUCAAACAAUGUCUGAAGGGCCUGAGUUACAAGCCGCAAUCGCAGAACUAGAUGAGGAGGGAUGGAAUCAAGAAGGGGCUGUUCAGCGUAGUACCUUUGCCCGAAUCUCAGUGACGAACGCUCUGGCCACGGAGGAAAUUCUGGAAAUAUCCCUAGGCUAUCUACCUUACGAAGAGAUUGUUCGUCGUGCUGCAGACAUCGAAGCCCGGGCACUAAAAUCCUGGGAUGAUCUACCAGAGUUCCUUCGCAUCGACAUCAGCGAUCCUUGGAGCUCUCAACGCUCACCGCUCGAGCUGCUAUUUCUCAUCUUCAUUCGACUUGCGAGUUUGGAUCACCAUUUCCUCUUACAGCGCACGUUGAGCAAGAAGGUACACUCAGGCUCGACGACCCCGAAUGCGAGCCUGCUGUCUGUCUGUAGCGAGAUCUUCAGAGUCGUGGUCAUGAUGGUGGACAACAAGGAUUAUUUUCGAGACUUCCAGAUCGACUUCGUCCAGAUCCUGUGCAUGCACGGUAUCCCUGCUGCAGCAGUUCUUGCAGUCGAGCUGCUCCACCAAGAGCGAAAUCCUACGCCUGCUUCAGUGGAGACGUUCCCCUUACAUCGAUCUGAUUCGAUACAAAGUCUUUCGGUGUUCGUGUCGUGCCUGGGAACGAUCAGACCAGAUGCCAAUGGAUACCAGAGCUGCCAUCGCGGGAAGACAUUCCUGAAGAAGAUACUGGACCUCAUUCUGGGGCCAGGUCCGGCUGCACCCAGGAGCGAUCAAACCGAGAUUGACGGAUCAGCCGAUCCUACACUCGGCACAUCUCUGUUCGAACCUGGGAAUGAUAGCGACUUCAUGCGCUGGCUUGACGACGUACAUUGGGAACAAGAGACGUGGAUCAACUUUGCCUGAGCCAAAGCAUGAACGCCGGCCACAACGAACUUAGACCUGCAUCAGCGACAGAGCAAGACAGUACUCCUUCUGAGGCUCAUUGGUGGUUCUUUUGGCAAUACACAACUGCAUCCGGAGACCUUGAACAAGCUGCGCAAAGUCGACAACAGUGUGCUCCUUAUAACCCCAGCUAUAUUGUUCCUUCUCCUUCGUGUUGGCAGGAGAGACCUCAUCUGUGUAUGCAACCACAUACAUGUGAGCAUCUUCUUUG